GACUCCAACUGGAACCAGCAGCAAAAUGAAAGCAAUCCUUGCGACCUGUUUGGUCCUGGCCGUCGCCGUCUUCGGCGAGAAAGUCAGGUACGAUGGCUUCCAAGUUUACGAACUGAUCCCGGUCAACGAGCAGCAAGUCAGCGCUUUGAAGUCCAUGGAGGAAUUGAACGGUGGAUACAGCUUCUGGAUCGGUGCAAGCACCGUCGGAAAGGCCGUCCACGUUAUGGUCCCACCUCACCUCAAGUUGAACUUCGAAGAUUCCAUGAAGCUCCUCAACUUGAACCACAGCAUCUACAUGGAGAACGUACAAGAAAAGAUUGAAUCUUCCAGCGUGAGGACUCACUACAAAUCUUUCGGUUGGACCCAAUACCACACCCUUGAAGAGAUCUACGAUUUCUUGAGGGAUUUGGAGAGCCGUUUCCCCGACAACGUUAAGGUUGUUAAGGGUGGUGAAUCCUACGAAGGUCGUGACAUCCUCGGUGUCCACGUCUCCUUCAACAAGGCCAACGAGAACAACGCCAUCUUCAUCGAGGGCGGAAUCCACGCUCGCGAAUGGAUCGGACCUGCCACCGUCACCUACAUGUUAAACGAAUUCAUGACCAGCACCGACUCCAGGGUUCGCAACAUCGCCGAAAGCCACGACUGGUACAUCUUCCCGAGCGUCAACCCAGACGGUUACGUUUACACCCACGCCAGGGAUCGCAUGUGGCGCAAGACCCGUCAACCUUACGGUUUCUGCGUCGGUGCCGAUCCCAACAGGAACUGGGGCUUCCACUGGAUGGAGGGUGGCGCCAGCAACAACCCCUGCUUGGAGACCUUCGCCGGAUCCAAGGCUUUCUCCGAGCCAGAGACCAAAUCCUUGGCCGAUUACAUCGAAUCCAUCAACAAGAAGUUGGUCGGUUACAUCGCCUUCCAUUCCUACUCCCAACUCCUUCUGAUCCCGUACGGACACACCUCUCAACAUCUUGAGAACUACGAUGAGCUUUACCGCAUCGGACUUAAGGGCGCCAAAGCUCUUGAGAAGCACUACGGAACCAAGUACACCGUCGGAAACAUCGUCGAGACCAUCUACAUUGCCAGCGGCGGUUCCAUGGAUUGGGUCAAGGGUGAAUUCGGCACUCGCAUCACCUACACCUACGAGCUGAGAGAUACUGGACGUCACGGAUUCUUGUUGCCAGCUGAACAGAUCAUCCCAACCGGUGAAGAAACUUUGGACUCUUUGGUCACCAUGCUUGAGGAAUACCAAAAGUAAACACUCAACUCCUUGUACAUAAUUAAUAAAAAAAAAAACUAAAUAAAUACACAAUGUUAUAAACAAAA